ACUCAGCCGAUCCCCAUCUAAACCACAAAGAGCGUUUACUUUCUAGAUCUCUCCAUUAGAGCCGCCAUUAAAGCUCAUCUCGACAGAGAGCUAAUCAAUCUCCAUUCGUUCCGUUUUCGCAUAAACUUAGUGUCAACAAAUCUUCUAGAACCGCCUUCAUGGCUGUUGAUCAUCAUUUCAAAAACGAAAAUAAAUCCAUCUCAGCUGCAGUAGAAGAAGACUGUGAGAAGACUACUCAGGCUUGCUUCGACUGUAACAUUUGCUUGGAUUUUGCACGAGACCCAGUCGUUACGCUGUGUGGGCACCUCUACUGCUGGCCCUGCAUCUACGAGUGGUUUAACGUCCAGGCUCGUUCGGAUGCUGACGAUCAUGUGCAAUGCCCAGUUUGCAAGACUGAAUUGUCACUCAGCUCUGUAGUCCCUCUCUAUGGCAGUGGGAAGAAGGUGCCUAAAUCUGACCAGGAAGCUCUGAUGAAAGUACCACCAAGGCCAUCUCCACAAUCAUUAUCAAUCCCCACUACUCCACGGGUUUCAUACCAAGAUCGUGUUAGUCCCAGGCCCGUGCCAUUCGACCUCGGAUUGAAUCCCCAUGUCUUGGAGAUGUAUGGCGAUAUGGUGCUUGGUAGUGUGUUGGGGAACCCCGGAGGGUUGUAUUCGUACCACCACCACUUACACGGCAGGAAUGGUAGCCCGACAAGGCUGAGAAGGCACGAGUUGCAGGCAGAUAAGUCCCUGAACAGAAUUACAUUGUUCCUUUUCUGUUGCUUCUUCAUGUGCCUGCUAUUGUUUUAGUCUUCAUCCAAUCUCUAUAUGUACACUUGUAUAAAACAAUCAUGUUGUGGCAAAUGUGCUUCCUAGUUUCUAUAUUGAUAUGAAAAAUGCUUUUUGUACACCUUCUCCUACACCACGAGUUCAUAAAACUCUUUUUUUGUUCUGGUCUAUGUGACGCUCGAACUGAGCGUCACAUAAUGUCUUUGAGAACAAUGGGCUGUCUGGUUGGAAUGGGACAGCUAAAAGACAGCUUGAAUGGAUGUGUGAAGCAUCUCUCCGAUUUCAAUGGUGGGACGAACUCACACGUUUGUUUGAGUUUGUCAAAGUCAGGCAGCUGAUGACAGAAUUAGCUGCGGCCAUGGGACCAGUGUCCACCUAAUAGAUGAGGUGUGUUUUU